CUAUUUCCGAACGUGAAAUUUUACUCUACUCAAACAAUUACAGUGUGACACCAUUAGAUUUUCAGCUAUCUAACCGCGAAGCUGUGGUCUAUUUGAUUGCCGACGCCACACGCGAAAUUGUUCAAUGUAAUUGGAUUAUCAUGUACACAGUGAUUCACAAUUAGGGUUUACUCAGACAAAGAGUCCAGUUGCGAUUUAAGAAUAUCAGAUUUAUCGGUGGUCCGGUCACCAACAAUAAAGAACUAUGUCGAAGCGGAAGUUCGGAUUCGAUGGCUUUGGCAUUAAUCGACAAGCGACAUACAACUUCGAGCGAGCGGAAGCUCCCCAGCGUCUCUACGUACCCCCCUCGUCCCGCUCCGGUGGUGGUCACGACAACUACGAAGAUACGGACUUGGAUAACAUCGAUUACGAAGAACGAGACGGCGAUGAAAAUAUUAAAGAUAGCAGCGCAGGUGCUGGUGACGACGAUGAAAUUGACCCUCUGGAUGCGUUUAUGCAGGGGAUUCAAGAAGAGAUGAGGGCAGCUCCGCCUCCAAAGCCCAAGGAGAAGCUGGACAAGUACAAAGACGAUAUUGAUGACGAUCCAAUGGAUAGCUUUUUGAAGGCGAAGAAGGAUGUUGGGUUACAACUGGCUGCGGAUGCUCUUAAUGCUGGUUACAACUCGGACGAGGAAGUUUAUGCUGCAGCCAAGGCUGUGGAUGCAGGUCUCAUCGAGUAUGAUUCCGAUGAUAAUCCUAUCAUUGUUGACAAGAAAAAGAUCGAACCGAUCCCAGCUCUGGAUCACAGUUCAAUUGACUAUGAGCCAUUUAACAAAGAUUUUUACGAGGAAAAUCCCUCUAUUUCAGGCAUGAGUGAACAGGAGGUUGUUGAAUAUGGGAAUAGCUUGGCUAUUCGUGUCUCCGGCUUUGAUGUCCCAAGACCAGUGAAGACGUUUGAAGAAUGUGGGUUUUCGGCAGAGCUGUUGAGAGCAAUUUCAAAACAAGCAUAUGUAAAACCUACCCCAAUACAGUGUCAAGCUUUACCUAUUGCCCUUUCUGGGAGGGAUAUCAUAGGUAUUGCUAAGACAGGGUCUGGCAAGACAGCUGCAUUUGUGCUCCCGCUGGUAGUACACAUCAUGGAUCAACCUGAAGUUGCCAAAGAAGAAGGUCCUAUUGGAGUGAUAUGUGCACCCACUAGGGAACUAGCACAUCAAAUAUAUGUGGAGGCAAAGAAAUUUUCAAAGUCUCAUGGUAUUCGAGUCGCUGCUGUUUAUGGUGGAAUGUCUAAGCUAGAACAAUUCAAGGAAUUAAAGGCAGGAUGUGAGGUUGUUGUUGCUACUCCCGGGAGAUUAAUUGACAUGAUUAAAAUGAAGGCGGUCUCAAUGCUGAGGGCGACUUACCUAGUUCUUGAUGAGGCAGACCGGAUGUUUGACCUGGGAUUUGAGCCACAGAUAAGGUCAAUCGUUGGUCAAAUCAGGCCAGACCGUCAAACCUUACUCUUUUCAGCAACUAUGCCACGCAAAGUUGAAAAGCUAGCGAGGGAGAUUCUUUCUGAUCCUGUACGAGUCACAGUAGGUGAGAUUGGUAUGGCAAAUGAGGACAUCACGCAGGUUGUUGAAGUUAUUCCUGCAGAUGCAGAGAAGUUGCCUUGGCUUAUUGAAAAGCUUCCUGGACUGAUCGAUGAUGGUGACGUUCUUGUAUUUGCUUCCAAGAAAGCCACAGUGGAUGAUAUAGAAUCACAACUUGCUGAAAGGGGUUUUAAAGUUGCAGCUCUUCACGGUGACAAAGACCAGUCUUCUCGUAUGGAAAUACUGCAAAAGUUCAAGUCUGGAACAUUUCAUGUCCUUAUUGCUACUGAUGUGGCUGCUCGCGGUCUUGACAUCAAGUCAAUCAAGUCAGUGGUUAAUUUUGAUGUUGCUAAAGAUAUGGAUAUGCAUGUUCAUAGAAUUGGAAGAACAGGUCGUGCUGGUGACAAAGAUGGGACAGCAUACACUCUUAUUACCCAAAAAGAGGCACGGUUUGCAGGAGAACUAGUCAAUAGUUUGGUUACUGCUGGUCAGAACGUGUCUGCAGAACUCAUGGACCUUGCGAUGAAGGAUGGAAGGUUCCGUUCUAAACGCGAUUCACGGAAAGGAGGUGGAAAGAAGGCAAAGGGAAGAGGGGCGAGUGGUCGAGGUGUUCGCGGUGUGGAUUUCGGCCUGGGUAUAGGAUACAGUGCAGAAGGAAGUAAUGCUUCUCCGACAACCCCUUCUGCUGCUCCUAGCCGAUCUGCGGCAGUCAGUUCACUCAGGACCGGAAUGAUGGCACAGUUUAAGAACAAUUUCGUCGCUGCCUCCUCACCAAAUCCCCAAAGCCAGGCAUUGUCGAGUAACAAAAAAAUGGCUUUGCCCGGAUUUGUGUCUGGGGGAACCAUUGGUGGAGGAGAAACAAACCCUUCUUCUCGGGCCAGUUCGACAAGUAAUGUUGCAACAUAUUCUGCAGGGACUCUGAAUUCAAGAGAAAAUACCAGUAGCAAGUUGUCCAGUUCAGGAAGCUCAAGAGAUAGACAGAGAGAAAGGAGGCGGCCUUCUGGUUGGGACAAUUGAUUUUUUGACAGGCUGGUUUAUAUUAACAAUACUGGAUGAUGACCAGUUCCAAUUGUGUGAGAACUUGCAAUAGUCCACCCCCCUUGUAGCCUUGUAGGUGACAAUUUUGUUGCCUCGUUUGUAAUGAUAUUGGUUGCCACAAGUUGGCUAUGUAUUGGUUUAUUAUUAUUUUCCGUUGUUGUGUCUUUAGUGUAUGUGCAUUAUUUUAACCGUAAAGAUGUAUAGACAGGGAGGUAUUAUCACUUAUAGUCACACGAUAUAUAUCACCCUUGAUCUCAUCUGCAAAAAAUCUGAAUUAAAUUGGUUUAUUGGUAAUAAGUAUUUGUGUACUUUGAAAAGCAUUGACAUAA